GCUGAAAAUGAAUUAAAAAAAUUAUCCUCGGUACCUAUGCAAAGCUUCAGGAAGAGAUUAAAGUGGAAAAACAUAACUCCCUUGUAAUCAGGAUAUUUUACUAUGUUUACAUGCUGUAUAGAAUAGGAGUAUUAUAUAUUUAUAGUAUUUUAAUACCUUUUAGUCUCUAAAAUGCCAUCAGAUACACUGAUUCCCAAUGGAAAGUCUUGAACAUUUAGUUUAGCUUAUAAAGUGAAGUUACUGACAUUAAAUAAUAUGAACUUAGUAGUGUGUCUUGUUAAACAAGCCCUAUUAUUGCUGCCCUAAUUGUAGCAUACUCAACCUUAACAUUCUGUGAAAAGUGUUACAUGUGAACAAAUCCUAAAUCUGUGGUGCAGACACAUAUGUUGAAAUGGAAUAUAUUUAGCAUAAGUUAGUAAAUGAUUAAGUUGUUCUGUGUUGCUGCCUGCAAUGUGGGGAGACCAGCUGGCCCAGCCUCCAGCAGCAUUUUAAACCCUUAUGCAGGCUGGUGUGUCCCAGAAUUCAAUGGCCAACAUCUCAGCUCAGGUGCGAGACGUCCCAUUGUGACAUCAGUGAGUGGCAGAUGUGACAUGAUUGUGAUGUCAUGUCCCUUGUUGAUUAUACUUGGGUGCUGCCAGAGCCUGGGUCAGACUGGUUCCAGCCCUACAGUGCCUGUGAGUGGGAGCAGCUCCUGGUCCUCAGCUCCCCCCCGCCUGCUGGGACCAGACAUGGCCACGGAGACACAGUGGAGAUGCCCCAUCUGCCACAACACUCGGAAUGAUGUGGCUUUCACUCUGCCCUGCCACCACCAGUUCUGCCUGGGCUGCAUCCUGCGGUGGGCAAAGACAACCCCAGUGUGCCCACUCUGCAGCAGGCCAGUGGAGACUGUCAGGUUCUCUGAGCGGGGCGAGCAGGAUUACAUCCAGUUUGAAAUCACAGCCCCCGAGGAGCAAACGGAGACCAACCGCCAGGCAAGGAGAGCUCGCUUCUGCCUGGCUGAGAACAGCCCCCGGCACCCUGUGGUGCCCAGUCCACCUUCUCCACAGGGAACACUGUCCCCCGUUCGACAGGAGGAUGCAGGGGCGGAGCCCGUGGGUGGCAUCCUGCCUGAGGUGUGGGCAGCACUUUUCCAUUGCCAACAGCACCUCCUGGACCCUGCACGGUCCUGGCUGCGCCAGAGGCUGGCUGCACUCUACGGGGAGCAGUGGUGGAGGGUAGAGGCUGCAGAGGGAUCCAUCCUGCAUGGCCUCUGCGCCUGUGGGCUGCAUGCUGAGGUCCUGGUGGAGGUGCUGGAGCCCCUUCUCAGCAGGCACACAGCACCACUGAUCCAUGACAUCAUCAAUGUCAUCGUGAGCCAGUGCAGCGAGGAGGUACAGAGGCUGCAGGGCUUCCACCACACCAGAGAUGAGGACAACAGGCCUGCGGCCAGUGCCGGCUCCAGCAGCUCCCAGGACAGAACUCCCACCAGCAGCCCUGCAGGCUCCAAGGUGGAGGAGGGAGGUGGUACAUCACACACUGGCCUCCAAGGGAGUCCCAGCUGCCCCCGAGCUGUGCCCGACCCUGCAGAGCAGGACCAGCACUGGGAGGGGCUGGAGCAGCCAGAGGGGGCAGGUCCCUGUGCCCAGGGCAGCAGCCGCAGCCCCUCCACUCCUUGACGGGGCAGGGGCUACUCACCCAGGGGAUCCCAGCAACCCUCAAAGAGGAGGGUCCCCAGCCCCCAGGAUUCUCCUUAGCCCAGCGAGAGGUGGCCUCGCAGGUGGCAGUAGCAGGGCUCCAGAAACUCUUUAGCCAAGCAGAAGCAAAUAAAUUACUAUUUCCCUGA